UGUGCGUCACACAGCAUCUGUGAGGCGGGGAGAAAGAGGGGGUUGGGCUUGCGUUUGGAGGGAAGUUGACUGGUUGGUUUAACAGUUUAACGGACACCAACCAAUAGUCGACAGACAGACGGGUUUAAAGAUUGAGAACUGCAAAGCUGAAGUUUCAUCUUUCGUUCUCAGAGAUCAAGCAGACGAUCUCAGCAGAAGAAAAUGAGCGGCAGAGGCAAAACCGGCGGUAAGGCGAGAGCUAAGGCCAAGACUCGCUCCUCUAGAGCGGGACUUCAGUUCCCCGUGGGCCGCGUCCACAGGCUCCUCCGUAAAGGCAACUAUGCGCAGCGAGUGGGUGCCGGCGCCCCAGUGUAUCUGGCCGCUGUGCUCGAGUACCUGACCGCCGAGAUCCUCGAGUUGGCCGGAAACGCCGCUCGGGACAACAAGAAGACUCGCAUCAUCCCCCGUCACCUGCAGCUGGCGGUUCGCAACGACGAGGAGCUGAACAAGCUUCUGGGCAGAGUGACCAUCGCUCAGGGCGGCGUGCUGCCCAACAUCCAGGCCGUGCUGCUGCCCAAGAAGACCGAGAAGCCCGCCAAGUCUAAGUAAACUGACGGGACUUCGUCUUCUGUAAACCCAAAGGCUCUUUUAAGAGCCACCCACAUUAUCAAUGAGAGAGCGACGUGUCUGGUUUAAAAUUAUAGAUGAUAUAAAAAACGCACGUGCAGUUGUACUCUCCACGGGAAAUAAAAAUGUUAUAGUGAAUUAAUUAAUAAAGACAUGACGCCAUAAUGGUUAUUAGCUCCUUGUGUAAAGAUACGAUGCAACGUUAGGAAUAUUAUUAUACUUGUAUAGUAACCAAUCUGGAAAUUCCACGAGUUUAGAAGAAGUGUGUGAUGUCGUUGCUAUGUGAAUUUCGCGCACUUACGUGGGAGCUAGUGGUGGGCGGAUCGAUCCUGAAGUAUCGAUACUUUCGAUGCUGAGGUUGUAUCGAAAAGGAUCGAUCCUAACAUAAAAAUAUCGAUAAUGUGUUUUUAGUUUUUACUACUGAUUUUAUUUAUUUACUAAUGUAGCUAAUACUUGUAUAAUGAAGAAAAACUAUUUCUCAUACACCUAGUUUUGCACACGUUGCUCCUCCCUGCCCUGCUGUGUUUUGUAGUCCGCUAUCACGUGACUCGCAGCCGGCGAAAAGAAGAGAAGCAUCGUGUGGAGUUUUAUCACAUCGGUGAAUAAAAACACUGCGAACUGCGUUGUAUGGCAGUGGGCCUUUGGGGGUAAAAAUCCAAAGAUUGAAUGUACUUUAUUAUUUAAGCACUUUAUUACAAUUGUUUGCACUUUGUUUAUAAAUUCACUUAAAAAGUGUAAUGAAAGGGAAACAUGUUAAUUUGUUCUAUUAUUUUGUCUAAACAUAACACAAAAACGGAAAAGCAGCUUUAAAAUCUUUGUUCUUCAGUAAUAAUUUUGUCCACUUUGUUUUUUUUUUAAAGCUAGAG